UAAGUAAUAAACUGGAUGACAUAGUCUAAGUAAGAACUAUGCUAUGGUCUGUCUAGUGGUGGUAAAGGUUGGAUGGUUUUCAAAGUAAAAAGUGGCGAAAAAUGGUUGUCCCAAAAGUACAAUCAUGCAAUCCCUUAAGCCAUGUGAAUGAAAUACAAAAACUAAUUCGUCUAUAUCGCGCCAACGAAUGCCUAUGGAAUCCAAAAACUUCUGGCUUUUACAAUAUGGCAUUAAAUAAGAACGCCUGGCUGCGCAUCUCUUGUUUCUUCAACAAUCGCUUCACCGUCGAUCAACUGAAGCUGCAGAUAUUAUCGCUGCGCUAUUACUUCGCCCAGGAGCAGGUGGCUUUAAAACAAAGCCAAUUGGGCGGAUAUCACUAUGAGCCACGGCACUCCUACUUUGAGGAACUGCAGUUCUUGAAAGCACCAAUGUCAAACAGUGCCAAUUUGAAGGCAAUAGAGACAGACAACAAAAUCAACUAUCUUGCUGUGGAUAUUUUUCCGCCGAACAGCAGCGAGAACAGUAUCCACAGCGAAAAAGUUGAUUUUCAAUUACCUUCAGCAUUGAUUCAAACGGUGGACAUUUUAGAAAUAAAUCGGGAAAGUGAACUACCGCAACCGCCGCUUGAGCUCAAGGCACAGCCAAAUGAGUUGCGAGCUGCUUCUGGCAACGAUUCUUAUCAUGCUACUGCUGAUAAUCAAACCAGAUCACCCUAUUCAGCAAGGCAUAGGCGCAGCAGCAGCCAUAGUCGGAACAGCGACAACGAGAGAUGCAAAUACAAUCAACAGCAGCUUCAAUACAUGAAUACAGUAUCGACUGGGCAGAGAGUUAGCAGUCACCCCUUGAAAAAGGUACUAACUGGCAGAUACAGAUGCCAGCCAAGGCGUAGCAAUGCAGAGGAUUGGCACAGUAAUAAUGAUGUAAGCAGCAGGAAGGUACCAAACAGAAUGAGUGACGUCAGGCAGAACGACGCAUAUGAAUAUAAUCCCUAUCUUGGAAAUUUUCGGGAGAUAGUUCGGAAGAAGUCGGGUAACGACGCCAAAAAGCCACUGGAAAAUUACAAUAGCACUGAACCUCAUUACUUAUUGCGGAAGGAAGCAGUCCAUCAGGAUGGGCAAAGAGCUAACCAGAAUCCUCUAUCUCCGAUACAAUUUGAAAAGCAACUGCCUAGAAAUAUAGAUUCUAGUUAUUACCCCGAGGAUCAAGAUAACCCGCCCACUAUCAAACAGGAGCCCCAUAAUCUUUCAAAUGGUCGACAGACACCACCAACUGUCAAUCGACAAAGAGGCAGUUUAGAGAAAAAAUCUAGGACAGAUUUGAAAGAAGCUGCAGCAGUCGUGUCAGAAAAUGCUUUCACUCAAACACCGGACGAUGACCCAAGUUUGGGUACCAAUGAGAUUAAUUCUCCUGAUGACAGAAGUAGGUUAAAUAAAGCGUCCGAAAAUAGUCCUUUAGUGCGCUCAAGAGCGCAAAAAAUGCAACAAAUGAGUAACGAGUUAUUGGAGCGCUUACAAAUAAAGAGGCGUCGAAAUGAGGAUAACUUCAGAGAGCGACCAGAAAAGAAGUUGAUUAGUGAGGAAGAUAAUCCAGAUGGAAGGUUGCGCCCAGUUGAUGAAGAGCCACAAGAAAGAUAUUUAGGAAAAAGUGAUGUGCAGCCUGAUCCAUUCUUAUCAUAUCAAAAUGAGUCAAAAGAAUUUUCCGCCAACCAACCGUUAAGUGCUCAAUCGAAUUCCAUCAACGCGCCCUCAUCAAGCUAUCAAGGAAGAUACAGUUAUGAUCGGGAUUAUUAUCAUGAUAAGGAUCAAGCUGAGUAUGAAAAUAUUCAACAAGGUCAACAGCCUCUACAGAAUGAUAAUGGUUAUGCCUCGUCAAACAGAAUCCAAGCCCAACGAAGCAAUGAUGGAUACACCUCUGCAUAUAAUGACAAAUAUAGAUUCAACCGGCAGGACCCUAAGAUGAUAGAACGAUGUAGGUGUGAGGAUAAAUAUAUCGAUCAGGAAAAACGAGGGCAAAAAGAUUGGCAAAAUUAUCCUAACUAUGUGGAACGCCGACGGAAAUACGCCGAUGGUCGGGGAACAAUCAGAGAAAGAUACGCUGAGCAAGAUCCCAGUUAUGGGCGAGGGAUUCGCGAAGAGAUCAUUCGGGAUUACAGUCAACGGACCUGUAGUCCACAGAGCUCAAAAGUAAAUUUGAGAGCCAUUGGAAAGUACAAUGAAAGAAGAGAAACGCUGUACAACUUAGGCGGAGAGCACAGAAUACAUGGAUGCCAGGCCAAUGAGCAGGAGAACUACACAAGAAGAACACAAUACUAUAAUCUGGAUAGUAGAGAUACCGUUGUUACGAAAAAUCAGAUCGAUCAGGAACACUACAAAAGAAACGAAAUGGAAAAAAUGUCAAAAAUACAUUGUCAAAAAUACCUCGAAAAAACAGCCUAUGUCAAAGCAAACGAAGGUAAACACUACAAUGUUGAGGAGAAAAUGCAGGAUUGCACUUGUUCCACAGACGAAGAGGAAUUAGAGACAGUGAAGGUCAAGAAGUCCAUCUCUCGUUGUGAUGUGGCCGUUGAGACAGACAUUGACAUGUCGCUCACUGAUAGGCAAAAGAAACCCAUGUGCGAUUGCUCGGACGAAUCUUUCUCAGUAUCCAUGAAUAAUGGGAAGAAAACCAAUUCAAAUGAGAAGCCCAAGGCUGCCAAGUAUGUCAAGCGAGUUGGCAAAAUCUGUGCGUGUAAGCCAGCGUUACUUGUGAAAAACCAAAAGGCCAAGUCCACAGACCCUCCGGGGACUACUGUGUGGAAAGCGGAUCCAUUGAGAAAUCGCGUGGCACCAUCAACUGGAACGAAGCCACGUGGUUUGCGUAGGCAACAAAAUAAACUGGAGGAAGAAGUUGUAAACAAAUUCCAGGCCCUCGUCGGCCGUCCACUUCGAUUCGUUCCAAAGGAAAACCUGAAUGAUGGUAAUCAGACUUCUCAAAUAAUUAAUUGCGAUGGAAUUCAGAGUGCCGAAAACAGGCCAAUGAAUCCGCUUGGAAGGACACAAGACGCUUACGACAAGUCCUUUUUGAAUAGAUCAACCAAAUGGGAAUCUCGAGCCGAUUAUUCUCAACGCAGUCAAGGGAUCUCCACGAGUAAUCCGUUUCCUAAUCUGAAUUUUAAUGCUUCGAAAGGAAACGUUAUUGUAAUACACCCGCCAGUUCAGAACUUUCGUGCCUCAAAAUACUCUUGCAACAUGAGCCAUGUUGAUUUAGACGAUUACCGAAUGUCAGCGGAUAGAUUUCCGCUGCAUACCCAGAAUAAUCCGAAGCGAUCCACUAAAAACUAACACACUAAACCAACCUAAUCUAACCAUAGCUGUAGUUUUCUUACAUAUCUCCCCUCCAUAGCUGAAUUAAAUGUAUCUCACUGAACUGAA